AAGACUUUCCAAUAAGUGGUGUUGUGUGUGGAACAGUCUAUUUUAAAUGUAGAUUACAAGAGAAUUAAAUGAAGCUGAUAAGACAGUAUCAGGGUGGGUUCCUAUUUUGGUGAAAAUAAAAAAAGUUACAGACACUAUUUCACUGCUGAGGUGUAAAAAUUUGUCAAUCGUAUCCGAUCACGAAGAUGUCUUCCUCGUUUUGUAUUUUCAGUUGAAAUAGAACACUCCCAGUGAGAUUGAGUGAAGACGCACAAUUAAGACAAAUAAGUAAAUAAGGAUAAUCACUAGAAGUAAGUACAAAGCUCACACUAAAUUAGGAUCCAACGAAACGAAUUAGAGCAAUAAUGGAGAACAUUAUUUUUGGAAACCCAUACGCCAACUCAAGAUGCUAGAACAGUACAGCUACGAUAAAACUUCCAGAAUGUUCGAACUAAAAUGACACAGUUUGUAAUUGGAGAAUGAAUCUGUAAGAGAUGUACGCAGCCGCCGGAGGUGCUUCUAUAGCUUCGCGCCAAGCGCGGAGGAAGAUCCAGAAACAUCAUACGGCUCCGGAUGUGGUCCAUCAGCAGUUUCAGAAGAGGUUCAACCAGCUGCAGGCUCAGCACGCCCCUGCGUCAGCUGAUCAUUAUAAUCAACGGCAGCAGGAACAGUUGUUGGGGCGCCUUCCAGACAAUUGCCGCCACUUUGAGCUCAAAGAACCCUUCCCUCUGCACAAGGGACAUCCUGAUCAACACCUCUUGCGAACUGCUCCUGUAGGACUUCACUCUAGGCUCCCUAGCUACAUUGACCUGAACGGCCGAAUCACCGGGUUCGGUAGUAGUGAUAUUUCGGAGGGCAAAGCCGCAACAGCAUGGUCGGAGAGAGAAAGAAGAACCUCCGCGACGGAUGCUACUCAACAUCGCACGAAACAACGCGAGGCCCAUGGACGAUGGAUAAAAAGGAACCGGAGAGCAGGAUUGAGGGUGAACCCCGACAUGAGAAAAUUCAAGUUGAUCUUUCCUAAGCAGAACCAAGGAAGAUACGGGGGUAGAAAGAAAAACAGUCCGGUUUACCAUCCCGAGAAACUCAUCCACGACUCGUCGUUCGGUGGCAGCAGUUCGGAAGACGAAGACGUAGUUUACGCCCACCAGAGUGCAGCUGCCAACGCCCUUCUCUACGUAGGUCUUGGCACCGUUGCCAUCGGACUGGUUAUAGCGUUUGUCGGCACGGGAGAAAAGGGGUUCAAGACUCUAGAACUAAGGCUUAUAGGACCCACACUCAUUGGCAGCGGGGUUCUGUGCUGCCUAGUCCGUAUAUUCCUGUGUGUCUGUCCGACGCGCUGUGUCAGACGAAGGUUCCGACACAGGCAUCGGCGCAAACAUGUCACUGCCUCACCCGGCGCACAGCUCAACAAACAUAGCUUCCAGGCGGACAAGUCUACGGACUAUUACAGACACCUGCCUUACAGCCGGGCAGCGCAGGAGUUCAUGCUGGAACAGCCGAAAAAGAACAAGAAACGGGUCUCAAUUAUUCCUGCGGGACAGAACAGAAUGGAUUCGGAACUGACUCGUCCCAUUCCGCAGAUCCAGGUGCCGAGCAUCGUCAGCUCGGAGAAUCUUCUAGAAAUGAACAAGCUCAGCCAUGCCAAUACUCCAGAAGAUACCAACAGCCUCAGCAGCGAAGACUCGUUCAACGAACAACUACUCUUGGCUGAGAACGGUUCCGUAGAGCGACUCAACAGACUCAAGUCUACAUUGACCUUUGAUGACGGAGAGAUUAACAGAGCUGUGACGAGAAUAGAAGAAGAAGAUUCGGAGGCGCUGGAAGAUUCUGCGCCAACCUCACCGAUGUUGAGUACGGACAAACGCGAACUGGUUCUGAGUCCAGCGAAACUGCAAGGCGACUGAGACUGAACUGUUCUUUGGAAUCUGUAAAUAUUUUCAGAAUGCUGUUUUGAAGCAAAUUUUUUUUUUUAAUAUUGAAUAAUUCUUUUAAAUGUAUGUAUAACCAUUGAUUUGUUGAUACUGAAGUAGAUAUCAACCAGCUGAAGCCGAUUUAUUGAAAAAGAACCUAUUCGAAUGAGCCACUGAGUGUGUUAGAGUGUUAUUUUUCCCAUAGUUUUUGUUACCGUACUCUAAUAGUUUAUGAGACAGAAAAAAUGUUAGCUUAAAAAUAAAUUAUUUUUUCAGUUUUUUUUAUUGAUAGGCUAAGUUAACAUAUUUUAGAAAAAUCAGUUAUUUUGCAUCUGUCGGUGGUUCAAUUCGACUACGUCCAUUUUUUUGUAAAACUGGCUACGUCUCUAAUAUUAUAUUGGAAUGUCUACUUCAAUCCAAAGUUAAAGAUAUAACAUUCAUUUAUUUUAGUUGCUGUUUCAUAAAUUACUGUACUUUAACAGGCAACCAUAGCCUUUAUGAUAAUUAAAAUAAUUAGAAGAUCCAUUGCUAAAAUUUGAAAGAAAAACUGAAAUAUGAACAAAGAACCAACAAAAUGUCCUCCUACAUCUUAUAAUCUAUUAGAGAACAAUAUGUAGCUUAUAAAUACUUUAUCUACAGAAGCGAAAAACAGCAAUCUGAAAUCCAAGCACAAUUUUGUAAAUGGAGAUUUAUAGAUUCCAAAACAUAAUAUUCACAGAAACAAUUCAAUGGGUAGAAAGAUUCUGAGCUUUUAGGGUAGGGAUUUUUUUACAUGUUAGAUCUCAUACAUGCUUCCAAUUUUGUUUUGUCUUUGUUCUCUCUAUUUAUUUACAUCCAAACCCUGUUUUUCUCAAGUUCAGGGAUUAUUUCAAAUACAGUAUACAUUUUGCAACUAAAUACACACACUAUGAAUAAAAUAUGAUUAACAGUGUGAGUUAUACAUUUAAUACUAUUCUUUUAAAUUCUGAUCACGCAAAAAUUGUCAUUGUAGUUAUAUUUCCCUUAUUUAAAAAAGUUUUGACCAAACAAUUCAUAGUGUUCAAAAAUCCAUAUUUUUGUUGAUGUAUAUGGUUUUACUAUGGCCGUUUCCCAUUUGUAAAAAUAAUUGUUGUAGAUGUGUCUAUUUUUAUU